GUCUAAUAUAAAUACGUGGCAGAAGAUGAAGUCGGUGGACACGGCUGUCUUUUUAUGGAAGCAUGAAUGGCAAACUUGAAAUUUUAAUAUUCACGCAAUCUCUUCUAUUUACCACUAGCAUUGCCUUUCAAACCCUAAUCCUCCUUCUUUCUUCUUCGAAAUCCAACGCCAAGCUCUAUAUCUCUACAUAUUUUUUUCCGAUCACCGUAAAUUAAGCUAUAUGGGUUCUAAAUCCAAGAGCGAUAAUCCCCACACUGGAGAUGGUGCUAGCCCAGGGAAGAUUUUCAUAGGAGGAUUGGCUAAGGAUACCACGUAUGCUACCUUUAACAAGCAUUUUGGAAAGUAUGGGGAGAUAACGGAUUCGGUGAUCAUGAAAGAUCGGUACACAGGUCAGCCUAGGGGUUUUGGUUUUAUCACCUAUGCUGAUCCUUCCGUUGUCGAUAAGGUGAUUGAAGAUACCCAUAUCAUCAAUGGGAAACAGGUUGAGAUAAAGAGGACCAUUCCUAAGGGUUCUGGGCAGUCAAAGGACUUUAAAACUAAGAAGAUAUUUGUGGGUGGUAUCCCAUCAUCAGUUACAGAAGAUGAGUUCAAGAAUUUCUUUUCGAAAUAUGGGAAAGUGGUGGAGCACCAGAUUAUACGUGAUCAUGAAACCAAUCGCUCUCGAGGCUUUGGAUUUAUUAUUUUUGACAAUGAAGAAACUGUGGACCAAAUGUUAUCCAAGGGAAAUAUGAUUGAUAUGGCUGGUACUCAGGUGGAGAUCAAGAAAGCUGAACCAAAGAAAGCCUCAAACCCACCACCUGCUCCUGCAUAUGGUAGCAACUCUAGGAGUCGUUCUUACAAUGACGGCUUUGGUGGAUUGGGAGGUUCAUAUGGGGGCUUUGAUGGAGGGUUUGGGCCUGGUCCCUAUAGGAAUCCAGGGGGGUUGGGGGGUAGACUUGGUGGUGGUGGUGGAUAUGGGUAUAGUAGUGGUGGUGGGGACUUUGGUGGUGGCUAUGGCAGUUUUGGCGGGAGUAGCUUAGGAGGUUACCGAGGUGAAUCUUCCCUUGGUUAUUCAGGUCGAUUUGGACCUUAUGGUGGCGGAUUUGGUGGGACUUAUGGUGGUAGUGGUUUAGGUGGUUAUGGUCGGGGAGGUGAGGGAUAUGGAAGUUAUGGAGGUUCAGGUUACAGUGGGGGUUAUGAAUCUGGUCCAGGUGCUAGUUAUGGAGGAGCAGGUGGCCUGUAUGGAAGGGGAGGCUAUAGUGGCAGUAGUCGAUACCAUCCUUAUGCAAGAUAGAAUGAAGGUAUUCCAAUGCAGUUGCUUAAGCUUUGCCUAGAAGUUCAAAACAGGGUCAUCUAGUUUAAGGCCUUGGUGAAACAGAUAGGCACUUUCCCACAUGUACUAGAAGUCUCGUAUCUCUGCUAUUGAGGAAGCUUUUAAGGAUCGGAGUAUCUACUUUAUUAGAUAAUUUAUUCUAUGUAUGUUCUAGACAGAAUUCUUAGUUUUUCUUCAGCUUAGUUCUUGAUGUGUCUGUUUUUCUUGUUCUAGUUACUUCUAAUUUAGUCUAUGUUGUAGACAUAGUAUCUUGGUUUGAAGCUUGAUGCUAUUUAUUUAGUUUGAUCUAGAUAGACACUUUGUUAUUUACACCUGUUUGUUUUUAUAUAUACAGUGUAGCAUAUGGGUGUUUUGUGUUGA